CUCUGCCGAUUUUCUGGUUAAAGAGCCCGCUCUCGCGUUUUUCGCUCCGGGCGGGAUGCGCGGCAGGCGAGCGGCGCGGGGGAACGGGACGGCGGCGGCGGCGGCGGCGGCCUGAGGGAGCCGAGCUCGGUGCCCGGAGAGCCGCGCGGGCCUCGCUCCGCCCUCGGGGCUCGUCGGAAAAAGCGCCGACGCGGCGACGCCGAGCUCUCCGCCCGCCCGCGUGGCUUUGCGCUCUGCCAGCCGGCGGGCGGAACCGCUCGGGGCGGAGGGGCGGGCGCAGGGAGUCGCGCUCCGGCCGGUAACUUCCCGCAGCUCGGCACGGCGGGGGCCGCGCCGCCGCCUGGGCCCGCGCGAUGGGGAGCGGCGGCCGGCGGGAGGCAGCGGCGGCGGGGGGAGCGGGCAGCACCUGCCCGGAGCCGCGCCGCUGAGGAGCCGGGAUCCGCCCGGAGCGCAGCGCAGCGCAGCCCGGCACCGCGCCCGCCUCGGCUCUCGGGCCGCUCCCGGCCGCCCCGCCAGGAGGGCCUCCGGGGAGGCGCCGCCCCGCCGCGCCGUGCCGGGGCUGAGGGGCCGCCGGCGGGGCCGGGCCGCGCGCUCCGUGCCGGGCCGGGGGACGUGCGGGGCGCGGCGGGAGGAUGAGCGCGGCCGUGGAGCCCCGGGUGAAACAGGCGCUGCGGAAGAAGCCGGCGGAGAGGACGCAGGAGGACUUGAAUACUAUCUACUCCUUCCUUCAUGGGCUGGACAUACUCUCACACUUCAGGGAGCAUCAGCUGAGAAUAAUGUCAUCCAGCGCUCGCUAUGAGAGGUACAAGGGCAACCAAGUUCUCUUUUGCUCGGAAACUAUUGCAAGAUGCUGGUACAUACUGCUUUCCGGGUCUGUGCUCAUGAAGGACUCCAUGUUUUUACCACCUUGCAGUUUUGGCAAGCAGUCUGGAGGAAAACGAGGAUGCGAAUGUAUCAUACUGGAGCCUUCAGAAAUGAUUGUGGUGGAGAACUCCAAGGACAAUGAGGAAAGCAUCCUGCAAAGAGAAGUCCCACUCCGGCAGUCCCGGCGCAGGUUUAGGAAGAUCAACCAGCGGGGCGAGCGCCAGACCAUCACCGACAACGUGGAUGCCAGCAGCUACCUGUCGCUUCCAGCUGAUCUUACCAAGAUGCAUCUUACAGACAAUCCUCACCCUCAGGUGACUCACGUCCCUUCCAGCCAGUCUGGGUGCAGCAUUGCCAGCGAUUCUGGGAGCAGCAGCCUGUCUGAUAUCUAUCAGGCUACAGAAAGUGAGAUGGGAGAUGUUGAUUUAACAGGUCUUCCAGAAGCACCUGUAGACUCUGAAGAUGAAGAAGAAGAGGAAGACGAAGAUAUUGACAGAACUUCAGAUCCACUUCUAGGGCGAGAUGUUGUACGAGAGUGCCUUGAGAAAGAGCCUGCAGAUAAAACUGAUGAUGAUAUUGAGCAAUUAUUGGAAUUUAUGCAUCAACUCCCUGCCUUCGCAAACAUGACGAUGUCUGUGAGAAGAGAACUUUGCUCAGUGAUGAUAUUUGAAGUAGUGGAGCAAGCAGGAGCCAUCAUACUUGAAGAUGGCCAGGAACUCGAUUCUUGGUAUGUUAUUUUAAAUGGCACGGUGGAAAUCAGCUAUCCUGAUGGGAAGAGUGAGAGCCUCUGCAUGGGAAAUAGUUUUGGGAUCACUCCCUCUUUGGACAAACAGUACAUGAAUGGAGUGGUCAGAACCAAAGUAGACGACUGUCAGUUUGUGUGUAUCGCCCAGCAAGACUACUGGAGAAUUCUGAACCAUGUGGAAAAAAACACUCAUAAAGUUGAGGAAGAAGGAGAAAUUGUUAUGGUAAAGGAACACAGGGAGCUGGAUCGCAGUGGAACCAGAAAAGGACACAUUGUUAUCAAGGCAACACCUGAGCGGCUCAUCAUGCACUUGAUAGAAGAACAUUCUAUUGUGGAUCCAACCUACAUCGAAGAUUUCCUCUUAACGUACCGAACGUUUCUAACGAGCCCCUUGGAAGUUGGGAAUAAGCUCCUGGAGUGGUUCACAGUGGACAGCCUCAGGGAUAAGGUUACCAGAGUGGUUUUACUGUGGGUGAACAACCAUUUCAAUGACUUUGAAGGCGAUCCUGCUAUGACUCGAUUUCUGGAAGAAUUUGAAAAGAACUUAGAAAAUACGAAAAUGAAAGGACAUCUCAGAUUGCUGAAUAUUGCUUGUGCUGCCAAGGCAAAAUGGAGACAAAUUACCUUGCAAAAGCCUUCUAGGGACUCACCUCUCUUUUUCAGCCUUCUUGGAGGAAGCGACAAAGGUUUUGGUAUCUUUGUUGAGACUGUGGAAAUUGGCAGUAAGGCUGCAGAAGCUGGACUUAAACGUGGUGAUCAGAUAAUGGAAGUAAAUGGACAGAACUUUGAGAAUAUUACAUUUGCAAAAGCUCUCGAAAUCUUAAGGAACAAUACUCAUCUCUCCAUUACUGUAAAAACAAACAUUUUCGUGUUUAAGGAGCUGCUCUGCAGGAUAGGGCAAGAGAAGAAUGGAAUUCCACAUAUCCCAAAAAUUGCAGAAAAGAAAAACAACCGUUACUCCAUCCCAGAUAUGCCUGGAGAUGUGGAACAGAUGUUCCCCCGUGAGAAAGGAAACAAGAAGUUGAAAGCAAACACCGUAUCUGGUGGGAGAAACAGAAUCAGGAAGAUCUUAGACAAGACUCGAUUCAGCAUCCUGCCUCCAAAACUUUUCAGCGAUGGCGGUGUGAGCCAAUCGCAGGACGACAGCAUCGUUGGGACGCGGCAGUGCCGGCACAGCCUGGCCAUCAUGCCUAUUCCUGGGACGCUCUCAUCCAGCAGCCCCGACCUGCUGCAGCCUACAACGAGCAUUCUGGAUUUCUCUAAUCCUUCAGCUGUUGGGUUUUACUAUAUUCCAGACCAAGUAAUAAGAGUUUUCAAAGCAGACCAGCAGAGCUGUUACAUCAUCAUCAGCAAGGACACCACGGCCAAGGAGGUGGUGAGUCACGCCGUCAAUGAGUUCAACCUGACCGGAGCCCCGGAGACCUAUUCCCUGUGUGAGGUGUCCGUCAGCCCCGAGGGGGUCAUCAAACAGCGCCGCCUCCCAGAUCAGUUCUCAAAGUUGGCCGACAGGAUUCAGCUCAAUGGGCGGUAUUAUUUGAAAAACAACAUGGAGACGGAAACCUUAUGCUCAGAUGAGGAUGCUCAAGAGCUGCUGAAAGAGAGCCAAAUUUCCCUCCUGCAGCUGAGCACCAUUGAGGUGGCCACUCAGCUUUCCAUGAGAGACUUCGAGUUAUUUCGUAACAUUGAGCCCACAGAGUACAUCGACGACCUUUAUAAGCUGGACUCCAAAACAGGAAAUGCUCACUUGAAGCAGUUUGAGGAUGUCAUAAAUCAAGAGACCUUCUGGGUCGCCAUGGAGAUUUUAGCAGAGCCCAACCAACUCAAAAGGAUGAAGAUUAUUAAGCAUUUUAUUAAAAUUGCCCUCCACUGUCGGGAGUGCAAGAACUUCAACUCCAUGUUUGCGGUUAUAAGUGGGUUAAAUCUGGCUCCGGUGGCACGUCUCAGAGGCACUUGGGAAAAGUUACCAGGCAAGUAUGAGAAGCACCUCAGAGACCUUCAAGAUCUUUUUGAUCCAUCUCGAAACAUGGCGAAGUACCGCAACAUCCUUAGCAGUCAGAGCAUGCAGCCUCCAAUUAUUCCGCUCUUCCCCGUUGUCAAGAAGGAUAUCACAUUUCUACAUGAAGGAAAUGAUUCCAAAGUGGACGGCCUGGUAAAUUUUGAGAAACUCAGGAUGAUUGCCAAAGAAAUCCGCCAAGUGGUGAGGAUGACCUCAGCCAACAUGGAUCCAGCCGUAAUGUUCAGACAAAGGAAGAAGAGGUGGAGAAGUUUGGGGUCUCUGAGCCAGGGCAGCACCAACUCCAACAUGCUGGACGUGCAGGGAGGAGCGCACAAGAAGCGUGCACGGCGCAGCUCCCUGCUCAACGCCAAGAAGCUGUACGAGGACGCGCAGAUGGCGAGGAAGGUAAAGCAGUACCUCUCCAACCUGAACGUGGAGACGGACGAGGAGAAGAUCCAGAUCCUGUCCCUGCAGUGUGAGCCUGCCUACAGCACCCUGACGAAGAAUUUAAGUGAGAGAAGAGGGGCAAAAUCCUCAGAAAUGUCUCCAGUGCCCCUGAGAUCCAUCGGGCAGACCACUAAGGCCCAUCAGCAGAACAGAAUGAGCCAAGUUCUUCAGGUUCCAUCUGUGAACUUAUACCCCAGCAGGAAGAAGGGGCUGACAAAGGAUCAUGUCACCUUCAGUACAGGCUCGCCACAGAAGUCAUUAAGUUUGUCUGAGGAAGUAAGUAGCAAGAAGCAGACAGAUGACACAAUGUCCAUGGCAUCUUCUUUGCACUCCAGCCCCCCAGCUUCUCCUCAGGGCUCUCCACGCAAAGUUGGUAACAUCCCAAGGUCGGAUAACUGCAGUCAGAUGAAUCUCUCUGGGUCGUCCUCAUCCCUCGCCAGUGAAACCAGCAACAAGAACAGCGGGCAACGCAGCUACGGAAUAGGCUAUGCCCUCAUUCCUUCCACCAAAUCUGACAACUUCUCAGACUCCAGUCACAGCGAGAUUUCCUCCCGCUCCAGCAUCGUCAGCAACUGCUCUGUGGACUCAAUGUCGGCCGCACUGCAGGACGAGCGUAGCUUGUCACAGUCACUGCUGGUGGUGGACACAGCGGGGAUGGAACGGAAGGAGCAUUCCCAGGCGGAGUACGGGCAGCCCUGCCCUGGCUGGUCGGUCACGAGGCCCGCUCUGAUCAGAGGGAUGGCCUUCACCUCAUCCAUGAGCAACGAGGAGAUCUCCCACGAGCACAUCACGGUGGAGGCAGCAGACAGCGGCCGUGGCAGCUGGACCUCGUGCUCAAGUAGCUCUCAUGACAACUUCCAGAAUAUCCCAAACCAGAAGAGCUGGGAUCUCCUCAACUCCUACCGCCACACCCAGCUGGACGGACCUAUCGCUGAGGUUGAUCCCACAAACUGUUACUCAGAGGAGGCCUAUUUAUAUUCCGAAGCCUUUGCCAAAAACAACAGGCAGUCGAAAGCCAGCACGGAGCUCGAUCAGUCUCGGCAGAGCUGGGCCUCCUCGAGCUCCCUGUCAGACACGUACGAGACAAACUAUGGGACCAUUAAGCGCAGGGGGCUGGAGAACUCGACGUCAGAGCAGGCGGAGGUUUUGGACUCUAAACCUGGCACUGACACAGCUUACAAAACUGUUACUUCGAGUACAGAGAAAGGCCUGAUAGUGUACUGUGUCACCUCACCUAAGAAGGACGAUAGGUAUAGGGAGCCUCCGCCCACCCCUCCGGGAUAUAUGGGGAUUUCUUUAGCGGACAUAAAGGAAGGAUCGCCCCACCACCCACACCUAAAACCUCCCGACUAUAGUGUGGCAGUGCAGAGGUCAAAGAUGCUGCACAGUGACCUCUCUAGACUCUCGUCAGCCCCUCUCGGGAGCGACCCGGUGGCCUGUAUUGCAUCGAAGAUGCCUCAGUGGCAUAGUCGGCAGCCGUCCGGCCCCCAGCUAGCAGAUAUGCCUGGCGCAGAUAGUGAAGAGGAUGAAGACGAACAAGUAUCAGCAGUGUAACCGUCGGGCUAUCCACGGAAACCACUCCAAAACACGAGGGAUGCGGGAAGGAGGACCACAGGAUCCCGUUAGCGACUGCUAACGACUUGCUGCUACUCACCUCACUCAUUGCGUUCGCCUCUGUCACGGAUGGGAUGAACUGAUGGGGUCAUCGCUGUCCCGUCCCUCUGCUCUGCCGCAUCCCCUGGGCUGUGUGAGGGCGCCGGGAGAGCCGCGGGGCAGGCAGCGUUCUGUAGGAUACCAUCCAACCUCAGCAGUUCCCUCCUCGUUAUUUUCUACAUCUGAGAGUGUUAUUUUAUGAACUCGGAAGAAAAAAAAAAAGAAAAGAAAAAAAAAAAAAAGUCAGCAGAACCCGAAGGACGUUGCUGCAAUAUCUGAAAAUAAUUUAUUAAUUUAAAUGUCUUUCUUUUUUUUGGGGGGGGGGGGGGGGGUUGGGGAGGGAGGGAAAUUUCCUUUAUUUCCUUUGUGUCGGGAGCGCUCCGGUUGGCUGAGGCUGACCGCUGAACCACGCGUGAUGGCACUGCGAGAGCGCCGUGUAAACCCUUCGUGCCCUCCGAAAACUCCAGGCGUGCUCCGGCAGCGCUGCCAUCUGCCGGCCCGGCCUUCCAGCACAGCCCUCUGCACGUGGCUCGAUGCUCUUUAGCUGCCAGCCAAUGAACGGCGUCGCCGCUGUUCUCCUCCCCUGCUGAGCAGCCCUUCGAGAAGUGGCAGCUGUCGCUCACAGCUGCCGGGUGAGUUUGCUGCUGUCCCGGAGGAGCUGUGGCCGGGUUCCGCGUGCAGAGGUGCUGCUGGCGGCCCAAACCCAACGGCGCGCUGCGGGUUUUCAGAUCGGCCCACACAGCCAGAGCUGUGCAGGAUUUGGGGGCAAAGGUUAGAAAAGAAACAGGUGGAGAAACGGAACCGCCUUCCUUUCACCUUACAAUGGCUGAAACCAACUGUGAGGUGAUCGCACGGGGACUGUGAGGUCACAGCCUGGGCCAGUGAUUGAGCACCUGGUGCAGGGGCGUAGCCAGCCCUGCGAGCACAGGUGGCAGCAAUCCCAGCGCCCUCCCAGGGUGCAGCCCUCCAUAACCUCAUAUGAGCACUGGCAGCCGCAGGGGAAGGAUCUCUGCUUGGAAAUGUCCUCCUUUGGAGUGCUGGGUGAGCCCUGGUCCUCAGAAUGGGGUAAGAGAUUCCUCUUUUGUUACCGGAUUGUGACCGCUGCCUUUCUUGGAUGAUCCGAAACUGGUUUAAAGCAGCUGCGUCUGCUGCCUCCUGUCCUUACAGAUGGCAUAAUGCUGAGGUGUGGGCCCAGUGUGUUUUAUGGGGGAUUGAGAAUCAGACCUGCUGCGUUCAUUGGGAAAAUAGAGGUGGUCUCCAACGUGCUGUUCUGAACCUUAAGUAGGAGCCCCGGGGCUGCUGGUGCUCCGAAGGCUCUGAUGUGCACACAGCCCCCGUUAGCACGAGCUUCUGUUUGGUGAUGGCUGAGCAGGUAACCAACUGCUUUGGUUUUGUGUAGCCAACCGGAGUGCACAGGGUUAAAACUGGAAAUACCUGCCUUUUCCUUUCCUUCUAGCACACAACGCCCCCACGCUAGUGUUAAAUUGGACAUGAAUGUGUGAAUAAUAUGUAUUUAAACAUUUAAUUGUAAAUCUUUGUUGUGAUGUUUACAGCCUAAGCUAGAAAGAAGAUGUUUGUCAUUUUUACAGUGCCUCAGAAAUGAUUUCUAUAUCCAUAGUUGUGAAGAGCUUUAAGGUUAUUAUUUUUUCCCCUGUGUGUGUGCGGGGGGUGUGAGGUGAGUGCGGUGUCACAGCCAGAAACACCCCACAGCCUCUGAUGUGCUGUCCCCAUGGUGAUGCUGGUGCUGUGAGCAGGGAUGGGGCUGCCCUGUGUCACCUCAUGGCACGAGCAUCCGAGCAGCUGGGAAAGGGUCUUAAAAAUCACGUGAGGUAUGGAUUUACAUGAAAGCGUUUUGCUUUUCUGAGGCCUUAAUGAGAAUCGUGAACCUGCACAGGCCUUAAUGAAUGAAGGUUAGCAUAAAGCAUCGGAACGCUGCAGGGCGGAGUGGUUCCUUUCAGCACAGUGAUGUUGGUAGUGGAGCUGUUGGACUGAUGGGAUGUGAGCCUCGGCUGUUCCACUGUGCUGCUGUUUGCCUUCCGUGCGCAGUCCCAGCGGUGCUGGGAGAGCCGCCCUGCUGGGCACUGCUGCAGCCGUUGAACAAAGGUUGGGGGAUGAGGGCUGCCGUGCCUCCUGUGUCCCUGUGCUGCUCCGGGUGGCCGCAGGUGACCGAUGGCCCAUCAGUCUGUUCCACUGAAAAGCUCGUCGAGUGAGCGAGAGGCUGCUCCUCGUGUUCCCUGGUAUCCAAUACAGCCAGUGUAAAUACAUCGCGCCAGCAGUGGACACGCGAGCUGCCCCUCCUGCUUCUCCUGGCCACGCAGUGGGGUUUGCCCUCCGCUCAUCCUCGCCGUGAUUCCUUUUGUUUGUUUGUUUUAAAGCGAACCGAUCACAUUGAUCGGGGCCGGUAGCCGGCUGUGGUGUGUCCGCUGUGGGUUUGAAGAGACGUUAUCCCUUUUUUCACAAAGUAAGGUGCCAAUAGGACCCCGGCCGGGUCCUACUGCUGCCCCGCCGCCCUCCAGCAGCGUCCUUUACCCCCCCCGGCUCUUCCAAAAGAGCAACGCGGUGCUCCUCAGCAACGUCAGCAGGCCUCUGCAGCUGCAGAAAGGGGGCAGUAAGUGAGCCCUGAGCCGUGGUCCCAUCUCCCGUGGUGCAGAGCACGGCACGGAGCUGUGCGCAGGCUGUCCCUAUGGCCGAGCCUGUCCUGUGCGGGGGAGGGAUGCUGGCACGGAGGUUCUCAUAAAGCAUUCGGGUUAGGGUUAAGUUAAGGAUAAGCUUCCCACUGCCUGUGCGAGAACGGAGGAAAAAAGGGAUGCUCUCUCUUCAGAAGAGCUUGACACAUUGUAUUUUAGAGCGCUUGUAUAGAGGGUAACCUACCUUGAAUUCCCAAUCCAGCUUUUGCUUACGUUGUGCUUUUUAUUGUUUUAUCUUUAUUUUUGAUAUACCUGGAAUGCAGUUUAGCUUGGUAUUAAUUCUAACUAUGUGAGCAUAUUGGCAAAACUGCACAGAUGUAAUGAUAUUCCAAUAGCAAUUGUACUGCACAAGUCAGUGAUUGUAAAGUAUUCUGUAACAAGCAAUGUUUGUCUCCUAUUUUUUGAUAUCUCUUACACUUAUGUCUUUUAGAAAGACAGUGCCUCUGUAUGCUUUUUGUAUUUUUACUGAGUGAUUGUAAAUAUUUGUUAUAUUUUUGGUUAAGAGAAUGUUUAAAAGUACUGUUUAUUAUCCAAUCUAUUAAUAUGUUGGAAUCAAUAAACAAUCUACAUCCAGAA